UAUGAAAACAAGGAAAAUAACUCAUAAGACUCCACCAAUAACUUAACCACAACUAGUAUCAAUUAUUAUUUCAGUUAUAGUCCAUGGAAGAGAAUUUAGAAAAGUAAAGAGCUAUGCAAAUAGUCAAUUUAAUAAGGGACUCAAUGUACUUAUACAUCAUAAAAAACUACUGA